AUGGACUGUAGCCCACCAGCUCCUCUGUCCAUGGAAUUUCCCAGGCAAGAAUACUGGAGUGAGUUGCCAUUUCCUUCUCCAGGGGAUCUUUCUGACCCAGGGAUUGAACCCGAGUCUCCUGAAUUGGCAGGAGGAUUCUUUAUUGCUGAGCCACCAGGGAAGGCCCAAACUUUCAUUGUAAUGGGGUUUUUACAAAACAAGGAGCUUGUGGGUCAGAUUUCUGUUUUUCAGUGUGAUCUGGCUAUCAUCCAUCUGUAUAUUGGGCCUCUCAUUUCUCAACUUUUUCACUUUCUCUUCAAAUCUUCUCAUUUCUCCUUAUUCCUCCUUAAUAUUUGUCUUUUCUCAGAACUCAAUAAAGAUUGGAAAAGAGGAAUGUGA